CUGCCAAACUUUUAUCGUGCAAGUCAGCAACUAAGCUAGGUUUUCUGAACUAGCUCACUGACACUCUACAACCUCAUUUCAAUCUGAAAAUGUCUGUAAUUCCAAAUACCCAUGUGCCCAUUUCUGUUCAAUCAUCAACCUCUGCUUUCUUAGGCCAACCCAACAAAUUAUCUACUGCAUUCAGAGCUAGAAAUGUAUGGAUUCCAGCUAAGAAGAGUGGAAUUUGUAAAUGUGUUGCCACACCUUCUGUCGAAAAGACUGCUUACACAACUAAGGUUGCUCGUAAUACCAAUAUUGGUAAACUUCAAGCAGGCUAUCUUUUUCCAGAGAUAGCACGAAGGAAGGCAGCUCAUUUAUUGAAGUACCCUGAUGCACAAGUAAUAAGCCUUGGGAUCGGUGACACAACUGAGCCUAUUCCAGAAGUGAUCACCUCUGCUAUGGCUAAGAAAGCUUAUGCACUUUCAACACUUGAGGGUUACAGUGGGUAUGGAGCGGAACAAGGUGAAAAACCACUGAGAGCAGCAAUAUGUUCGGCUUAUUAUGCCGACCUUGGUAUAGAGCAAGGCGAUGUAUUUGUAUCUGAUGGGGCAAAGUGUGAUAUAUCUCGCCUUCAGGUCGUUUUUGGGUCCAAUGUGACAAUAGCUGUACAAGACCCAUCAUACCCGGCCUAUGUUGAUUCAAGUGUCAUUAUGGGCCAGACUGGUCAGUACCAGAAAGAUGUUGAGAAGUUCUCAAAUAUUGAAUACAUGCGAUGUACACCAGAGAAUGGCUUCUUUCCUGAUUUGUCUACUGUUUCUAGAACCGACAUCAUAUUUUUCUGCUCGCCUAACAAUCCAACUGGUGCUGCCGCAUCGAGAGAACAACUGACUCAGUUGGUACAGUUUGCGAAGAAGAAUGGGUCGAUUAUCGUCUAUGAUUCUGCAUAUGCAAUGUACAUGUCCGAUGAUUACCCAAAGUCAAUCUUUGAAAUCCCUGGAGCAAAAGAGGUUGCAAUUGAGACUGCUUCAUUCUCCAAAUAUGCUGGAUUUACUGGAGUGCGUUUAGGUUGGACUGUAGUUCCUAAAGAGCUGUUAUUUUCUGAUGGAUUUCCUGUGGCCAAGGACUUCAAUCGAAUUGUCUGUACUUGCUUCAAUGGGGCCUCCAACAUAUCUCAAGCUGGUGGUUUAGCCUGCCUUUCAUUAGAGGGCCUUGAGGCUAUGCAAGAGGUGAUUGGGUUCUACAAGGAGAACACCAAUAUCAUAAUGGAAACAUUUGAUUCACUUGGUUUUAAAGUGUACGGAGGAAAGAAUGCUCCAUAUGUAUGGGUCCACUUUCCAGGCCAAAGUUCAUGGGACGUUUUCAGUGAGAUUCUUGAGAAGACCCAUGUUGUUACUACGCCUGGAAGUGGUUUCGGACCUGGUGGUGAAGGUUUUGUCAGGGUAAGCGCCUUUGGUCACCGGGACAAUGUUGUGGAAGCAUGUAGAAGAUUCAAGCAACUAUACAAGUAAACAAACAACCAUCUGCAUCUUUUUUCGUCUUCGCUAACUGGUUUCGUAAAAUAUUGAUAUCUUUUAAGGUAUUUGAGGAGGCUUCAAUUAUUAUCAUAAAAAUUAUGCUCGAAGUGUACACUGUAAACUGAUGUUUAGUGUAAUGAAUGCGACACUUUAAAGUGUACUGUUUC